ACGCGCAUGCGCUCUUUAACUAAAGUUUCGUUAUGGCUGACAUGAACUGGCCAGGCUGUGCAAAGAGUUUAAAAGGUGUCAUUUUGGACAUGUGUGGCGUUUUAUACGACAGCGGGGAGGGAGACGGGGUCGCCAUUCCUGGUGCGGCCGAAGCUGUAAAAAAGCUGAAAACAUCUGACCUGCAGCUGCGAUUCUGCACCAAUGAGACACAGGCCAGCAGAGACAAGUUUGUUGCCAAACUGGGAAGACUGGGCUUUGACAUCUCUGUCCCUGAGGUCUUCUCCCCUGCACCUGCAGCCGUGGCUGUCCUGAAGGAGAGAGGUUUACGGCCCCACCUGCUGGUGUAUGAUGGACUUCUCUCGGAGUUUGAAACUGUUGACAAAACCAACCCAAACUGUGUGGUGAUCGGAGAUGCGGCUGAAAAGUUUUCCUAUGAGAAUAUGAACGAUGCAUUCAGGGUCCUUGUAGGUUUGGAGAAGCCAGUGCUGUUCUCUUUGGGCCAAGGGAGGUACUACAAGGAGACAGAUGGUCUGAAACUAGAUGUUGGUGUUUUCAUGAAGGCUCUAGAGUAUGCCUGUGAUUUAAAGGCUGAAGUAAUCGGGAAACCUUCACCAAUGUUCUUCCAGAGUGUCCUCAAUGACAUGGGACUCCAACCUCAUGAGGUGCUGAUGAUUGGCGAUGAUCUGGUGAACGAUGUAGGUGGAGCCCAGAACUGUGGAAUGAAAGGUGUUCAAGUCAGGACUGGAAAGUACAGGCCCAGUGACGAGAGGCACCCAACAGUGACAGCAGACGGCACUGUGGACAACUUGGCCCAGGCUGUGGACAUGAUCCUAAAUCAAAGGAACUAAGUACAAGCACUGGACACUGAAAACUCCUAAUGUGGACUGGAAGAUACAGGAAGGUGCACCAUAGUACUUUAAAAUAGCCAUUAGGUGUUGUUGCCAAUAGGAGGGGUGUGCAAAGCAGUAUAAACUGAAAGUGUCUCCAUAAACUGCAUAUCCUGUAACUGUCAUGUCUAAUUAUACUGUCAAAUAUGGGAAACAAACACCCACUCAUCUAGUGCAGAACUAUCACCCAGGUGUACUAGAGAUAGUUGUGAACUCUUCACAGCAGCACAAGCAUUUUUCUUUGUGCAUGAUUGGCAUAGAUAAGAUACUUCAGCCUGACAUGAAUGUGCCCGUAACCUGCUGCUGACUUACAGUUAGGGGUGAAAAGUACUUAACGUGUGUUUAAACACUCAGCUAAUGUUUCACAGUUGAAUUAUUAUGGAGAUGGUGUACGUGUAUGAAGUUUGUAGUCAAACUGGAAACAUACUUUUAAUUUUUUUCCCACGAUGACUGUUUUCUUUCUGAUGUCAUGCUAAGGGUGCAGUGUUUAAAGCUGAAAUCAGAGAGUCCUGAUCAGUUCCAGGUUGCAUUUUGGACGUAUGGCAAUUCUUUAUAAAUACUUCACUUCAGGUUUAUUCAUUACACUUAAAAGGAAGUGGAUUCAAAAAUAUCCAUGAGUCAAGAAACAUGUCUUAUUAGCUUCUGUUAGAUAACAGCUAAUGUGAGCAUAAGUAACUUCUGACUUUUGACACUAUUUUUAGACAGCAACUCAGGGUUGGAAAACUUACUAGCUCACUCUUUAGUAAUGACCAAUCAGAUAACAUUGGACAGUAGUCAUUUCAAUACAGUCUGUUCUUAGUCGAUGUCACUGCAUUCAUUGAAAGUUAACAGCCAGCUUCAUGCUGUGUUUUUGUUCGCUGAGAGGUCAAUUUUACAAAUUUUUCAGCCAGGGUGGCCUACGGGUCAUUAAAAGUAUCAUAGUGGAGGGAUUUUUGUCAGAAAACAGUAAUUGUAUCACCAACUUCUGUCUCUAAUCUAGCAUAGAGCUUUGCAGCUGCGCUCUGAUCCGAGUUCACCAUAAAGUCAGGGGGCAGGCUCAUUGCUGGAGUUCUUGUCUAUUUUUUCCUUGAGCCAGAUGCUGCAGGAACAAACGUCUUACCUGCUGAAGGUUUUUUUUUAAUCCAUAUUUCACUUAUCUUUAGUCCUGGGUGAUUAAAAGAAGCAAACUGUGGCUUUCUCUCUCUUAAAGCAGCCACAGUUCAAUCCCUUCUGUCUGUUAGAGUGGCUAUGUAAAGUAUUGGUUGAUAAACACAUCUAUUCCAGCCAAGUCUGUCACAAUAAAAGGCUCCUAUGUUAAUCAUCGUAAGAGCAUUUUGAAGAGCAACAUCAGGAAAUUGAGUAAUGUCACCACAAAUACAUCUCAUAAAUGGAAGGGAGACAUAACUUCACAUAACUCUAAAAAUAGAUAUAAGGGAUACCUGAAGAGUUAAAUGAGAAUGAGAAAAUGAAACUGAGACUUUUAAGCUCUUCGCAGUUUGCCUGUCAUUACAUCAGUGUGAUUGCACAUGAGCUUUGGCUACACAGUGGUGUGAUUGUUGACUCACUGCAAAAAAAGUUUCUGGUUGAAUCCCUUUCAGAUAAGGCCUUUCUGCAUGGAGUUUACAUGUUCUCCCCUGAGCAUGCAUGGAUUCUCUCCACAUGAUCCGGCUUCCUCCCACAAACCAAAGGCAGACUUGUUAGAAUUAGAAAGUCCCAAUGCCAUGUUUUCCUUCCCUCUACCGAUUUCAAUACGAGAGCACUGGGUGACAGCCAACACCGAGUACCAAUCUGAUAUUGGUGUACACUCUCUUGACUGACUGUGCUGUGGAAAACUGACAUUAUUUUUGCCCUACCAUGAACUCAGAACAUGGCUCAGCAAAUAGCAUCCAAAUAUACAGCCUUUCUGUGACACUUCCUGCUAAUUACUGUGAGUUCUACUGCUAAAUAUUAUAAUAACAAUAACACAGAGGCCACAUCAAAACCCCUUUUGUCUUUUUCCCUCCAAUAUGCUCUACUAAGGCAAUUUCCACAUCUCCAUUCAGGUUUAAGCAACUUGACACAGCCUCGCAUGAUGACAGAACAGCCUAUCAUUGGUGGACAGCCCCUCACAAAGCAUUCUGGGAAAACAAUAAAACAAUCUGGCCGUUAGCCUUAGCACUAGAAGCAAUAAAUUGUUGAAAAUGAGUAAAAACUGAUAAAAAUGCAUUAAAAAAUGCCCAAUAUCAGAUUUGCCGGUGUGGAUUUAAUUCUUUAAGUCCUUGAAAAGUUGACUAAGUUCCAGGUUCGCAUGAAAAGCUUCCGUGAAGGACUAAGUAAGCAUGGAUAGCAUCAUUGGAACAGCUCAACAGCUAGCUUCAAGGGAGAAAAAAGUUAGAGGCUAUGAUUUAUAGUUGAGAAGUUAUUUAACUUUUAAUAACCCAUGUCAAUUAUUGUUCUAAAAGGCAAUGCUGGUGUGGAAGGGUUUUUAACAAAAACCUUUUGAUAGAGUGACACCAUUAGAUAAGAAAAUCCUGUGUCUUUUUACCUUCAGGAUAAAUAUGUCCAUGAUGCAUGAUCACAUUUCAGAUUUUUUUCUUUUUUCCUUUUUUUUCAUUUUGUAACAUUUUUAAAUAGUAAAAUUGUUUGUUAGGCAUAUUUUGUUCCUAGCAUUAUCCCAGAAGCUAACGGUAGUUUAAUUAGGUGUUUUUGUCUUAAAAUGCAUGGAAAUGUGGCCCAGUAUCAGCUCAGUUGUGAUUUAAUAUCCAGCCAGGUUUUUGCACAUCACUGUCUUUUAGCUUUUGAUGAAUCGGUGAGUAGUAGUAACACUGUAUAUAUUUGUCAGACAUUUGUAAAACAUGAAACCUAAAAAUCAGUUGUACAUCUGUGAUAGUAGUUGAGAUUCCCAAUCUGACAUCAGAGGCAAAUAGCUACUGUUUGACGAUGCUAAAUUGGAACUUUACUAGUUUAACAAACAUUUCUUCACGUUAGUAGUGUAUAUUGUGUAAAGUGUGCCAUUCACUCCCUUUAUAAGCAUGCACAGUCUUGAACAAGUAGUGCAGCAUGGUCUGUAAUUCAAGUAAAAUGAUAAAUAAAGCUAUUUUUCUAG